AGAACACGUCCGCGCGAGAUUCUGUUGACUUUUUUUCUCUUGUUACCUUGCUCUUGCCUAGAGUAUAACCAAGUUUGGUGAUCAUGGCAAACCAUCCGAAUCCAAACAGUGCAACAAGCAACCAAUACUACCAGUCAGCGCCGCGAGAUUAUUCAACAACGACGAGUAGCUACUAUGGCCCGGCGAGCCCAGACCGGGCGGCCAACGCGCCAGAGGUGGUGCCGACCGACGUGCCGCCCCAUUCGCGCGGCGACAACCAGCCGCAGAUGAUGGUGAUGGACUGGCAGGAGAGGGGCAAGCCGGCAAUACAGACGUACUACGACCCAAAGAUCGGCACCUACCCGGAAAGCGUGCCGACGCCGCCCUACCCGGCCAAGGUCGACACUCCGGUCCAGGGCGCACCGACGCCGUCUUACCAUCGCAACAUUGAUGAUACUCCGCUGGAGGCCGUGCCGGGGCAGUUCAACCACCAGCCGACGACGGGGAUCUACAACGACAAAGCUGCCGCGCAUCCGAUUGGGACGGUGCAGGAGAUGGGGGUUUAUCAGCAAGAGGCAGCCGGGAACGACGGCUACCGGGGGCUGGGGGGCUUUCAACAACAGGGAGCGGGGGACGACAGCAAUCGGGCGCUGGAGAAGCCGACAAAAACAAGAAACAAAGUGCUGGGGGUGCCAGUCGCAGUCUUCUGGGCGCUUCUGGCGCUGAUAGUUCUCGCCGCCGUAGGUCUGGGAGUUGGGCUCGGGGUGGGGCUGUCGCGACGCGACGACGGCACCGCACCGCCCAACCCAUCAGCCACUCCUGCCACGAAUCCCGAAAGCCAGCAGACGAGCACGGCGCCGACGAGGACAACGACUCCGACGCAGGGAUCAUCAGGUUCGACGUCGACCACGACGUCGACCACAACGCAGGCGGCCGUCACGGCGGGCACGCGCGGGCUGGCGGCCAACAGCUGCACCUUUGACGGGUCGCGGGUGUACACGAGCGGGGCGGAAAAGUUUGACGCCAUCUGCUCGGUGGACUGGCCGCAGGGGGUCGGGGCGGCGGGCGGCGGCGGCGGCGUGGUCAAGGACGUGGGCAGGGCGCUCGUCUACUCGUUCGAGGACUGCCUGGGCGAGUGCGUCAGGUACAACGACAAGCUGCCCGACGUCAGGUGCGUGGCCGUGACGUACAAUUCCAACCUGACGGAUUUCUUCCCGGCCUUUGCCGCAAACUGCUUCCUCAAGGACAAGAAGGGGCAGAACUUUCCGGCCAAGGAUACCUCGGCCUGUGCGGCGUUGUUAUAGCACGUGCAGGGCGCAUUAGACCGAGAGGAGAUAAAAAAAUAUUUAAUAAUUUUAAGCCCGUUCAAUCGUGUCUGCUGUGUGGCAGUUGGUGCCGGGCCGGACCCGGACUGGAGCCAUCUUGGGCUCUCGCCUUUGGCAGCUUAGGCACCAGCCGGUGGCAUUGGAGAGAAUAGAGAUGGGCUUUGAAGAUAUCGGGGGCAAGUCUGUUGACUAGGUAUCUUGCAACCAUCAUUUUUUUUUCAUCAAAAUUACAACCUGGACGCUGAUUCAGCCCAGGUAAGAACAAGAUUGACUUGUACGGCGUCGUGGUUGAUUGACGACACGCAAAAGAAACCACACAAAAGGAAAAAGCCCACCUAGCAUCAACCCAGUACCACGUUACGUAAUGGGUCUCAGCUGGGUGCCCGCAUGCGGCAUUCUUUCCUCUGUCGCAUCCCAUGGUUGCUUCCAAUCUGGCAAGUCUGGCUAUCAAUAAUUUUAUUUCUAGCCAAUCGUUUAAUCGAACGGCUUGGUUCGAUCACAAGAUCAACCCCCUUUUUCUCAAUUUUGCAACAGGACUGGGCGAUAAAUGGAUCACCACUCACCACUCACCACUCACCACCCUACCCACGCAAACCAUGGGUCCGUAGCUACCGAAAGACCACCCGCGAACCAAACCUUUUUUGAUGAACCGUGGCUCGGUCCCAUGUGGUCGUGACCAUGAUAUGGGAAGAAACGUUAACCUGAGUACCUGCGACUCGAUAUACAGUAAACCGAUGCACUGCCAUUAAUGCCCAGGCAGCGACAGCAGUAUACUCUCUGGUACAUUUGGGGGCCAAUAGGCAACAGCAUAUCAGCGUAUCUAUCAAUACAUUAUCACGUCACUGUGGCGCCUUGCAGCAAUAAUCUGCCACUCGCGCCCCCAACCGACGAAGCCACAACAAGGAUUAGAAACCAACAUGUCUGCUUUCGAUUCCUCCAGAGGCAAAGUCAUGUUUGUCCACUGAAAACGGCGAUGAAGUACUGCUCCAAAGUACACUAAGCUGGGCUGUGCUAUCCCCGCAACCACAUGCAGCUAGGGCCCUAGCGCUCGCCCUUUGGAUCUAUCUAGUCCCAGUCACGCUCAUCUGGACCCUUUACAUGACCAACUUCCCCAGAAGUAGGGCAGGUAAAACGAACAAGGGUCGUAGUAGCUUAAAUGAAGACUCUGAUGCAAACAGUAACGUUGCAGUGGUCCUUCAGAUAAGGCGGUGUCAAGACCGUGGAGGGGGGUCGACCAGAGCUUCUUUGUCACCUGCCACGGGUACUUGAUAAUUUCACCAAAGACCAACCCCAAGCCGACGGCUUAUUUUGCAUAAUACCUUACAUAGGCAAGGAUAAGCGCCCAUGCCAAGACGCGGAAGCUUGGCAGUUCGGUACUUGGGGGUUGGUGCCGGCCUUGUAUCAAGUCAACCCUCGGGGGUUUAAACAACUCACAGACUGCCGUUGAAUUUUAGUCAAGACAUGGCGUCCCCCGCUCUGUUUUUUCUUCUGUUGAUUUCUUUUUUCAAGACAUGCCCGUUAGACAAGUUCCAGAAACUCCCCCCGUGGUUGGUCAGACCCGCGUUUUUCCCACUCGUGUUUCUUUCGACACGUGGGGUAAAUUUGCGGUCUGGGGGUUGAGAAAUGGUCUGCUCCGUCCAAUGAGACAUUUGGUUUGCACCAUCUGCAAAUUAGGCCCUACAAGGACGGUUAAAUUAUAGUUCUAGAUGCAGACUAGCAGGUGAAGGACUUUCGGUGAGGUACCUCGUAUGUGGAGCGGAAAGUGCCGCCGCUGCACCCCCUAUUUGUCUGCUGCUCAAGAUUAACAUACAAGUCCAAUUA